AUGAGUGCGCUUGCAACCAAGCAGCAAUCGCAGAAGAUCUUCGAGAAAUUGAAGACCAAGCCUGCGAAUAGGAUAUGUUUUGAUUGUGGCCAGAAUAACCCGACAUGGACCUCCGUGCCCUUUGGCAUCUACCUAUGCCUCGACUGUUCCUCUAACCACCGAAAUCUUGGUGUCCACAUCUCCUUUGUCCGCUCCACCAAUCUUGACCAAUGGCAAUGGGACCAACUUCGUGUUAUGAAAGUUGGCGGCAACGAGUCUGCUACAAAAUACUUCCGCGCAAAUGGAGGAAGCGCCGCCCUCGCUAGCAAAGACCCCAAAACCAAGUACCAAUCUAGCGCAGCAACCAAGUAUAAGGAGGAGCUAAAGAAGCGGGCCGCCCGAGAUGCAUUGGAGUAUCCCGACGAAGUCGUCGUCACUGAUGUGGUUGGAGACGCUGAUAACUCAGCAACCCCCUCUAGCGAACCAAGUGAUGACUUCUUUUCUUCGUGGGAUAAGCCAUCUAUUAAGAGGCCUACACCGCCCAUCUCGCGGACUAACACACCGCCUGUUGUCGGUCGAACCGCUUCCCCGUUCCUAAACGCAGGCUCUAAUGGGAAGGAAAUCUCGAGAUCUUCAUCGCCGUUAUCCAAGUCUGACUCCGCCACCGAAACCAAACCCGCCGCCAGCCGAAUCACCACGUCUGCCGCUCUUCGAAAGACCACCACAGGGCCUCGCAAAGCCAACGUGCUAGGCGCGAAGAAGACCACUACUAAGCUUGGAGCAAAGAAAGUUACUGGAGAUAUUAUUGACUUUGACGAAGCCGAAAAGAAGGCUAAGGAGGAGGCCGAACGAAUCGCAAAGCUGGGUUACGAUCCGGAAGCCGAAGAGGCCGAAGCAAAGCAGGCUCCUACAUCCAAGACUGAAGCUACCAACGUUACUGCUCAGGCACCAGCGAACCCCCGUGGAUAUGGAUCUGGUCAUACCCGCGAGAAGUCGGCGGCUGAGGUUGAACGGUUAGGAAUGGGUUUCGGAAGAUUGGGCUUUGGACAAGUCGGGGGCGGCAAAGCUGCUGCCGGUGUUGCGCCCAAGAAGAACGCUGGUGGAUUCGGAUCAGUCGGACCCGUCAAGGCUGCUACCGAAGAAUGUAUGGCUAAAUAUCUCAUUUUAGACGACGAUGAGCGCUACGCACGAAACAAGUUUGGUAACCAGAAGGGUAUUUCCUCAGACGAGUUCUUCGGGAAAGGAUCAUUCGACCCUAACGCCCAGGCUGAGGCCAAAACCCGCUUGCAAGGGUUUGAGGGCGCGACGUCCAUCUCUUCGAACGCUUACUUUGGCCGACCUGAGGAAGAAGAUCCGGUUGAUGAUUACGGCGAUUUGGAGACUGCGGCCAAGGAUUUCAUCCGAAAGUUCGGUAUUACCGCCGGCGACGAUCUCGACAACUUGACGAGCGCGUUGGGCGAAGGCGCUACCAGGCUCCAGGGUGCUAUCCGCAACUACUUGAACGGUUAA